GUAACAACUUUUGUGAGCUGGAGUAGUCCUUAUCCAAUCAACACUCGGGCACUGGGCUCCAUCCUCCCACUGCCACCGGGCCCAAUAGGUGGUGCUUCAGUCUGGACCCGCCCCUGAUAUUUUUCCGGUGACUCUCUUCCUCUGCACUUGGGUCCCACCACUUUUCCCUCCCCUACCUUUCUUCCUUCUUCCCCAAGACCGCGAGUAAAAAUUUCGCUUAAAAUUCGAUUCCACGAAGCAGCAAUCGCAAGCUCGAAGCUCUAAAAUAAUCUCUUCCCGACGCCUCUGGAAGGUCAUCAUCUGAACCCAGGUAGCCUCCAGCGCUGGAGACGUGCCGUACUCAAACCCUAGCCACCAAUGGCAGCCGGCGGCGGGGCUCCGUGGGCGGAGCGCGCGCGGGUGGUGGGGACGCAGAUCCGCAACAGGUUCCGCGUGGCGCCCGUGGACCACCGGUCGCUGUGGCUGCGGGCGGACGGUCGUGUCGCCACUGAGGCGGUCCGGCGGUGGUCGGAUCGCGUUCGGGCCCUGCUGCAGAGGGGCCGGAGCGCGGAUCGGAACUCCACAUCGACGGAUACAUCACCUGAGGCGGUGGCAAAGCCUUCGUCCAGCGUUUUGAGAUUCUACAGAAAGAGAGUGGGCAAAGAAGUUAAUGGGAUUGAAGACUCUGUUAUUUUCCGUUCGCUUCAAGCAUUGGCUGUUCCUCUUAUUGGCAAUGCAUGCUAUGUUUUUAUGCAUGGUCUUAACUCAGUUCAGGUUUAUGGUGUAGAGAAGCUUCAUCAGGCAUUACAUGGGAGACCUAAAGGCAAGGCUCUUCUAACGGUCAGCAAUCAUGUGGCAGCGAUGGAUGACCCUUUCGUAAUUGCUUCCCUUCUCCCACCAUCUGUUAUGCUGGAAGCACAAAAGCUGAGAUGGACACUGUGUGCCACUGAUCGGUGCUUUACAAAUCCAGUUUUGUCUACAUUCUUCAGGUCUGUUAAGGUGUUACCUGUUUCUCGUGGUGAUGGCAUCUACCAAAAGGGAAUGGACAUGGCACUUUCAAAGCUUAACAGUGGUGGAUGGGUUCAUAUAUUCCCUGAAGGAAGCCGUUCAAGGGAUGGAGGGAAAACCAUUGCUCCUGCCAAGAGAGGUGUUGGAAGAUUGGUAAUGGAUGCUGACAGCCUUCCAGUUGUAAUACCCUUUGUCCAUACUGGGAUGCAGGAUAUAAUGCCUGUUGGAAAACGAAUCCCCAGAGCAGGAAAAAGGGUGAUUGUGGUCGUGGGUGACCCAAUCAACUUUGAUGACCUGCUCAUCGACAACUGUGGUGACACCCAAGAUAUCCCUAGAGGGAUCUUGUACGACAAAGUGACACAGAGAAUUGGGCAGCGAUUGCAGGAACUCAAGGUCGAAGUCGACAGACUGGCUGCAGAGCAGGAACCUGAACUCCAAAACCACAACGUGGGUGAUGAUGGAUACCGGCUGUGGCAGCAGGUCGAUUGGGAAGGAUUUGGGAUAGGGAGUUCCAUGUUGCCAUCAGAACCUUCAGCUGCUGCGCAAGUGCCAUCAAGGGAAGCCGAGCCUGAACCGCACGUGGAAGUGGAGCAAAGCGUGUCUCCAGCCCCAAGUGCAGCGACCUCAUACAAUGUUGCUGUUCCACACUGGUUCCAGCGCCAUGCGGACCCUUCUGAACUCAUGGGGUUCGCUUCCCGUGGCCUGAUCAAGCAUGGCAAGUUCUUGGAGGAAGGCUACAGGGAAUUCCAACAGUCGGCUACUACUCUGCACACCUUUUGGGUUUCUCGUGCUAACAAUGCUGCACACCGAUGGAGCACUGCUUAGGCUGCCCGCAGCGCUUCCCGUGGCGCGCCCCUCCGUCGGCUUUAGUGGCUACAGUAGCGACAAAACGGUGCAUCAGAUCACUCUACUAGCUCCUAUACACAGAACAAGGACAAAGCAGCGCACUACGCCAGAUUGAGGGGGCACUGUUCUACCCCUUACCUGCGCGCUACAGUGCGCGUAUGAGUUUGAUAGUUGGAAAAAAUUGAUAUUGGAUAAAAAAUAGAUAUAGAAAAUGAUAUUUUAUAGUUGUGGGGUAUAUGAGAAACUUUAGAGGGAACAACUGUGUGAGAUAAAAAAAUAGGAGAUGAAAUGUUGAUGAUGUGAUAUAAAAAAUCAAUAUAGGAGAGAUUUAGGAGGAACUGCUGCAGAUAGUCUUACUGUCUGUAGCGGUCACCUCUAAGUUUUUCCUCCUAUAUCACUUUUUUUGCGUCACAUCAUCAACAUUUUAUCUCAUACUUUUUUAUCUUCCGCAGCGGUUUCCUUAUAUUCCCCCACUAUACCCCACUACAACUAUAAAAUAUUAUUACCUAACAUUAUUCAUCUUUUAUUACUAUUUUUCAACUAUUAAAUAAGAGAGCAUUGUGUAAGGGGUGCUACAGUGCUUCCCUUGAUCUAGGGACGGGCGUUGCCUCCCCUUGCGCUGCAGCGCGUAGGGGGCCAUUUGGAGACAGUCGCUGCCCACGUAGAGACCCGUACGCAUACACAGUGCAAGGUGAGGGGCAUAUGGAGGCAGCCUUAAGACUAUCCGCAGCGGUUCCUUCUAAAUUUCUUCCCCUAUAUCACUUUUUAGUCACAUCAUCAACAGUUAUCCUCUAUUUUUUCAUCUCUCGCAGUGGUUCCCCCUAAA